CUACACUUCCCGUCGAGCACCGCGGUCCGCUUGUCGCCAAUCGAUCGGCUGUCGCGAGAUUUGGUAGAGUGCCGGUAAUUGGCUGUCGGUAACGGCUCGGCCGGUUGGCACUGGGACGGUGUACUCGGUGAUAGCGGUUUUAUCGGUUCGGGCUGUGUGCGGGUCUGUUCCGGCUGCUCGGAGUCUCCUGUGCGUCAUCUGACCGGGCCGUGUUGGCACGAAGCUGCGGAGAGCCGCGCCCCGCUCCCCCUCACUGCAAACAUGGCCGACCCCAAGUACGCCGACCUGCCCGGCAUCGUGAGUACCACCCACAUACAGCCCUGCACACGGAACAUGGCGGCCAUUACCUGACACGGCAUGGGGGCAUGAUGGGCGGUGUCCGGCGGGCCUCUACUAUGGGCCAUACUGACUGAGCCAGGACUGGGGAGACAGCACACUGACACACUGACUGAGCCAGGACUGGGGAGACAGCACACUGACACACUGACUGAGCCAGGACUGGAGAGACAGCACACUGACUGAGCCAGGACUGGAGAGACAGCACACUGACAUACUGAGCUGAGCCAGGGCUGGAGAGACAUACACUGACACACUGACUGAGCCAGGAUUUCAGGAGAGACAGCACACUGACUGAGCCAGGACUGGAGACAACACACUGACAUACCCCAGAAGGCAGGCGGGACUGGAGAGACAGCACACUGACUGAGCCAGGACUGGAGAGACGCCAGCAACUGCAAACACGCAGCUGAGCCGGGACUGGAGAGACAGCAACACUGGCAUACUGACUGAGCCAGGACUGGAGAGGCAACACACUGACACACUGAGCUGAGCCAGGACUGGAGAACUGGCACACUGACACUUGCGGCUGAGCCAGGACUGGAGGGCAACACACUGAGAAGGCUGAGCCAGGACUGGAGGGGCAACUUACUGAACACACUUACUGGGCAGGACUGGAGAGACCUUAGCACACUGACUGAGCCGGGACUGGAGGAGCAACACACUGACACACUUACUGAGCCAGGACUGGAGAGACAGCAACACUGGCCUUUGAGCCAGGACUGGAGAGAUGCUACUGACACACUGAGUGAGCCAGGACUGGAGAGACAGCACACUGACUGAGCCAGGACUGGAGAGCCAGCACACUGACUGAGCCAGGACUGGAGAGACAGCACACUGACACACUUACUGAGCCAGGACUGGAGAGACAGCACACUGACUGAGCCAGGACUGGAGAGACAGCACACUGACACACUUACUGAGCCAGGACUGGAGAGACAGCAACACUGACUGAGCCAGGACUGGAGAGACAGCACACUGACACACUGACUGAGCCAGGACUGGGGAGACAGCACACUGACACACUGACUGAGCCAGGACUGGGGAGACAGCACACUGACACACUUACUGAGCCAGGACUGGAGAGACAGCACACUGACACACUUACUGAGCCAGGACUGGAGAGACAGCACACUGAGCACACUGAGCUGAGCCAGGACUGGAGAGACAACACUGACACACUUGACCAGGACUGGAGGGCGCACAUGACACACUUACUGAGCCAGGACUGGAAGAAGACCCGCACACUGACUGAGCCAGGACUGGAGAGACAGCACACUGACACACUUACUGAGCCAGGACUGGAGAGACCGCACACUGACACACUUACUGAGCCAGGACUGGAGAAGACCGCACACUGACUGAGCCAGGACUGGAGAGACAGCACACUGACUGAGCCAGGACUGGAGAGACAGCACACUGACAUACUGACUGAGCCAGGACUGGAGAGACAGCAACACUGACUGAGCCAGGACUGGAGAGACAGCACACUGACAUACUGACUGAGCCAGGACUGGAGAGACAGCAACACUGACUGAGCCAGGACUGGAGAGACAGCAUACUGACAUACUGACUGAGCCAGGACUGGAGAGACAGCACACUGACACACUGACUGAGCCAGGACUGGAGAGACAGCACACUGACUGAGCCAGGACUGGAGAGACAGCACACUGACACACUGACUGAGCCAGGACUGGAGAGACAGCAACACUGACACACUGACUGAGCCAGGACUGGAGAGACAGCAACACUGACACACUGACUGAGCCAGGACUGGAGAGACAGCACACUGACACACUGACUGAGCCAGGACUGGAGCGACGGCACACUGACUGAGACAACAUAUUUUACCCUAGUGAUCUGUGAUACUUACGUAGUAAGCCACUGGGUGGGACUGUUGAUUGACAGAAAUGACUUUGCCCCAGCAUUGCUCCUGUUGCCUCAUGGUAUAUAUGGCCCUGUAUAAUAUAUCUAUCUGUAUGAAUCAUCUGGCAGGGAUCUUUACCAAAGUAUGAUUUAUCAAAAUUCUAAGCAAAUUUCACAUUUAGGACAAAAAAGCUGAACUGAUAUGGAGAAUUUUCCCAUCCAUUUAACCCCUUAAGACCGCAGCCAAAUGUACAAGUUGUGAUGAAAACGUAAACAAAACCUGGCAUUUGCGCUAUAUUUCUGUCCAACCGUUAUUCACCUCUUUCAUAUUAAAUCCACCCACACUUAUUAUAUAACAUUUUAUUCAGGGGAAACAGGACUUUAAUUUAACAUCAAAUAUUUAGGUAUGGAACAUCAUAAAUCUUAGUUCUACGUUACAUUUUAACUGUGAAUGUCAAAAUACUGUUUGAUUUUACUCCAAUAAAAUACACAUAUUUGUAUUCAGUGAUGUCUCACGUGUAAAACAGUACCCCCUAUGUACAGGUUUUAUGGUGUUUUGGUAAGUUACAGGGUCAAGUAUAGCAUGUUACAUUUUUCAGUUUUUUCACAUUGAAAUUCGCUAGAUUGGUUACGUUGCCUUUGAGACCAUACGGUAGCCCAGGAAUAAGAAUUACCCCCAUGAUGGCAUACUAUGUGCAAACGUAGACUGUAGCAGAUGGCACCAGGCGACCCUACAAGAAAUACUGUAUAAAGCUGCAGACGUGUAUCUGCUGUAAUUUCUGUGUAUUUAAAAAGAAUUGUAUUCCUCUGAUUGUUCGGUAGUUUCAUUCCCUUAGUUUAUUCGAAUGAAACUACCGAACAACCAGACCUCCCUGUGUGAAGUGUGUCCUCAAUUACCAGUUGCAACAUUGUUGCGAACGGGUAAUUGAACAGUAAGUAGCCGUCCUUUGUUCUCGGGGGUGGCCGCCAUUCGACAAACGAACACGUGGCGGCGGCCAUUUUAAAACUCCCGAACAGCGGUGUUUUGCCGUCGAGUGCCUGGAACUAAAAUCGGACACUCGAGUAGGCGAACACCGCUGAGACCUCCACAGCCCUGGUCCGUUCGGUUCCAAACUACCGAACGGCCCCUCGUUCGGUAAAUAGAAAAUACCGAACGAGGGGAUUCAGGCGAACCCUCCCUAGCCUCUAUAGCUAGAGGCUUUCGUGUAUUUUAUUCCCUUAUGCCAGGACCGACCGCAAGGCCCAUUCACAUGGAACCGAAUUCGGCUAUCUCUGUUCGUGCGGUCGGUCAUUUUAUUCCCUCCAUACUUUUCCCGAACCCCUGGUCCGAUCUGGGUGAUUUUUGGAUAUGUUGUUCACCCAGAUCAGGGCUAUCAGGGGGUGUAGGAUUUAAAGGGGUACCCCUACGUUUAGGGGUACAUCCAGAAACGGGGGGAAUUGGUGUGCUGGAUAAGGGGAUUAUGAUGCUGGCUGAGGGGAGGGGAUGUGUGGGAGGUUACCAGGACAGGAUUGGCUACUGUAAUAAUUACUGUAAAUCCCUCCCUUGCAUGGGAGCAUGCUUUAUAAGGAGACUGUGAUUAAAGGCUUGUCAGUUAUGCUCCUGAAACUGUGUGUCGUCCAGUUAUUGGGAUUGCUGUUGGGAUAUUGCUGUAUUUUACCUGCUGGAAACCCUGCCUUUGGAUUUACUAUUUACUUGUUCCUGAGUCUCACUUGGAUUAUAAGCGGAGAUAACCUGGGUAAUAUUGCCUCUCCGCUACAUAGACAACCCCCAAGGUAGUGCAAAUGGAGUAUGUUUAGUCUUUUUUAGUAGCCACUUGGUCACAAAACCUGGCCAAAGUUAGUGUUAAUAUUUGAAAAUGCAAAUAACAAAUUUGAACGCCAAUUUUGGCCAGUGUUUGUGACUAAGUGGCUAGUAAAAAACACUGUACAUACCCCAUUUGCAAUACCCUGAGUUGUCUACUAUUGCAAAUGGUAUGCCAUCGUGGGGGUAAUUUUCAUUCCUGGGCAACCGUACGGUCUCAAAGGCAACAUAACCAACCUGGCGAAUUUUAAUGUGAAAAAAAUGAAACGCAAGCCUUAUAUUUGACUCUGUAACUUUUGAAAACACCAUAAAACCUGUACAUGAGGGGUACUGUUAUGCUCGGGAGACUUUGCUUAACACAAAUAUUAGUGUUUCAAAACAGUAAAACUUUGCACUUACACUGAUGAUAUAAUUGUUGUGAUAAGUUUUACUGUUUUGAAACACUAAUAUUUGUGUUCAGCAAAGUCUUCCAAGUGAAACAGUACCCCCCAUGUACAGGUUUUAUGGUGUCUUGGAAAGCUAGCAAAUUAAAUUCCCUGAACUUUUGGCUUGGGUUGUCAGGCAGGCCCUGCAAAUUGUAAUUAAUAAAAUGACCUAAUUAUGUAAAAUUAUUACAUAAAUAAAUAUAUAUAUAUAUAUAUAUAUUAAUUCUACGUAUAUAAUUUUUUAAAUUAUUUUAUUUAUAUAUAGCUGUGUGUGUGUGUGUGUGUGUAUAUAUAUAUAUAUAUAUAUAUAUAUAUAUAUAUAUAUAUAUAUAUAUAUAUAUAUAUAUAUAUAGUGAUAUAUACGUAUAUACUUAUGUAUGUACAUAUAUUUUUAAAAUAGAACGAAAUUACACGUGUGUGUGUGUGUAUAUAUAUAUAUAUAUAUAUAUAUAUUUAGUCAAUAUCAUUGUACGUGUAAUUUGAUAUGAAUAUAUAUAUUAUAUAUUAAUUUUAAAAUACACAGUGUAUGUAUAUAUAAAUGAUCUAAGUAUAUAUUAUUUAAUUUUACACUUUUACAUUUUUUUUUUUUUUCUUCAGACAGCAGGGGGAGUACCUGUCAUAACGGACACUCCCCCUGCUGGCAGUGCCUUGGACGGCUAUGCUGUCCAUGUGAUCGCGAGGUCCUCGUACGGACCUCACCAUCACAUGGCCCAGAGAGGCCGAAGAGUAAGGAGGGGGACUUCCUGGGCUCCCAGGUCAGUCCCCAUACCGCGAUCGCGGGCGUGGGAUCACCGGCGACCGGGUAAGUACAUAGGACGCCGGGGACGUUCUAUGCCGCCCUCCGGCGUUUAGAGCCGGUUCCUUAAGGACGGCAUAGAACGUCCUGCGUCCUUAAGCGGUUAAUGUGAAAUUAAUUUUGAAUACUAACAAUUCCUACUUUAGUGAACCAAGGUUUGUAUGAUAUCGGUUAUGUGUAUGCAGUGGUGGUUUCAGUUUUACCUUUCUUCUCCCAUCUCUGUCUGGAUGGGAGUGAGUUACUAUGUAUUUAUAUUUAUCUGUAUUGUACGGUCUUUAAAGGAAGACUAGUUUCAGGAAUACAAAUGUGUAUUCCUGACACUAUAGGUCUAACUAGCUGUUUAUAGCCUCCCACUUACCUCCGGUUAAAAGGGUGAUUUACUCCACGCUCCGCCCUCUUGGAUUUGGUCUUCAAACUUGAUGAUCUCAGCCAAUCCAAUGCUUUACAUAGAAAAGCAUUAGGUGGUAAUCGUGCAUGCACGGCAGCCGGCGGGGAGACCUAAUGCGCAUGUGUGGCAAGGGCAGUGUGCGCAUUAGACCUCCCCAUAGGAAAGCAUUAUUCAUUGCUUUCCUAUGGGGAAAAUCUGACGCUGGAGGUCCAUGAGGAUAACUGAUCAAAAGUCUGUUAGGAUUCGGGAAGCCCUCUAGUGGCUGUCUGGUAAACAUUGCAGUACUAAGUGCAAAAGGUACACCGCAUCCAGACUACUUCAAUUUGCUUAAGUGGUCUGGUUGCCUACAGUGUCCCUUUAAGAACAGCAUAAAUAAUAUUUUGUGGGUGGCACUUUUCUGCUUCUGUUUACUGUUUAAAGGACAACUGAAGCUAACGAGGACACCAACUCAAUGCACUGGUCCUGUAAUUUUAACCCUUCGAUGUGAAACAUUCCCAUUUUGUAGAAACAGCAAUCUUUACUUUGAAUGGUUAAAUACACCUCUAGAUUUCAACAGGCAUUUCUGCCUACAGAACAGAGUCAAACUUGGUUCUGCAAUCAAACACUGGUUAUGUCAGCAUUUGCUGGCCAGCGCAGUGUGGGGAAAAAGGGUAAAUAAAAACAUCUUUCCCAUGCAAUUGGAGAGGGGAGGGGGGCGGUCACCUACACACCCACACACAUCAAGUAUGCCCAAUUUUCUAAAUACUUUCAUUCGUCUCUGGCCUUAUCUUAAGUCUAGAAUAGCCUUAUGCCAAUCCCACACAUGCUUGAACUCCUUCACUGUGUUAUCCUCUACCACAUUAGCUGAAAGGCUAUUCCAUGCGUCCACUACCCUCUCAGUAAAGUAAUACUUCCUGAUAUUAUUUUUAAACCUUUGCCCUUCUAAUGUAAGACCAUAUCCUCUUGUUGUGGUAGUUUUUCUUCUUUUAAAUAUAGUCUCCUCCUUUACUGUGUUGAUUCCCUUUAUGUAUUUAAAUGUUUUGAUCAUAUCCCCCCCUCUCGUCUUUCCUCCAAGAUAUACAUGUUAAGAUCCUUUAACCUUUCCUUGUAAGUUUUAUCCUGCAAUCCAUGAACCAGUUUAGUGGCCCUUCUCGUUUUCCAAAGUAUCAAUAUCCUUCUGGAGAUACGGUCUCCAAUACUGCAUACACACACAUUCAUUGACAGAUAAACACGUUCUCUCUCACACUCCCAAAUUAUUUGUUUUCAUUUAGGUUUUGUCCACCCAGCCUCUCUCCCGUUGUGAGAGCUGGAGUGGAUCCUUCCCCUGGGGUCCAGUGGGGGCUUGUGUAAUCUUCCUUCUUAUCUUGCUUUGCUCCACUCUCUGCAUGGAGACACUGAAGUUUCCUAAAAGAGAUGCAUUGAUUCAAUGAGGAGAUGCUGAUUAGCCCGGACUGUGUUUGACUUGUGCUGGCUCUGCCCCUGAUCUGCCUCCUUGACAGUCUCAGCCAAUUCUAUGGGAAAGCAUUGUGAUAGGCUCAGACCACCACUUCUGAUGAUGUCAGCAUACAUCAGGCAGGUCAGAGGCAGCAGCUGCAAACUUCAAUACAUUAUAUUUGAUAUAUACAUCCUAUACCCCUUGCAUAGCUAUAGUGGAGUAGCUGUCUUACAUAUUCUUGCUUGAAUAGUAGGUGUGCCUAGGACUGAUGUCUGUUGCUUGGUGUUUUAAGAAAACAAGAUGUUGAACCCUAAUUGAGUAUUCUAACCUGUCUUAAUGAAAGGUGUGUGUUAUUUCCAGGGUAACUUGGGUACAUUUAGAGGGUCCUUCUUUCAUUGUGUUACCCCUAGUGGGGGGGAUGAAGGGGGUGUAGUCGUUGCGCUAAGAAGGUGAGGGAGCUGUAACCUAUCCAUAAGAAGAGAAACAAUAAGUUCAGGUUUGUCACAACAGGUGGCAUACAGGAACGAGAGUACACUGUCACUGGCUGCUGUCAGUGUCGGCCAGUUUUCUUGGCCUGCUCGAGUUGUAUAUUCUCUGUUCCCAGUCAGGUCGUUGAGCUCGUGGGUGCCGUCAGUCGUGGGGUGAACGGUGCGUUAUUGGCUGGGUCCCAUACACUAUGCUGUGGCUGUUGGGGUGUGUUGGCAGGUAUAUCUGGCAGACCCAGUUUAGCUAGAAGUGCGGGUACCUCCGCGUCUGAUGAUAUCUUGUGGGUGAUUCCGUUGUGGGGGAUUAGCAGGGAUCUCUGUGUUCCUCAGUGGGAAGGUAUUCCUAUUGUGCGUAGUUGACUUGUGAAGUGUGUCAUCGACUUUCGCCAUUGCAACGUAGCUCGGGUUAAGUCCUGGUAGAACAAUAGCUGUGCUGUUUCAAAUGUAAGAGGGGUUUUACCUCUGGUUGUGGACAUGACUUGGUUACUAUCAUGAGAUGUGGCACAGCGCAGUAUGACAUCCCUGGUAGCUGCAGCGGGUACCUUGGGGGUGGCUGGUAGUUGGUAUAUGGCGUCCAGCACAAAUUUCCGGCUAACUGCCAGUGGCAGGAUGGUGGCUAGGAGUCUCAGUACGUAAUGUGGUAAUUCGUUGCCAUGGAUGUCGACGGGAAUUCCUCAAAUUUUUAUGUGGUUGCGUCGGGCGCGGUCUUCGUUGGCGGACAUUUGCAGCGUUAGACUUUGCUGUGAGGUUUGCAGUUGCUGUAUUGUGUGUUGCAUGUUUGUCAUGCUGCUUUAUAUGUCCAUGAUGUCUGUCGCUCGCACGCGGUUGGUGACAUUUUGCAUGUCAGCUUUCAGGAGUCCCACAUCCGUGGCCAGCAUUUUUUGUAUGUCUUGCACCCAGUUUUGUAGAUCUUGCUUAGUGGCAAGUGAGGUGUCACCCGGCGCUGCAGUGGUUGCCGACAUCGUGAUUUCUGUGUCUGUUUGGGUAGAGGAGUGGGCCGGUGAUCGGGAUGGCAUCUGGUCAGAGGGGGCCAUUCUAGGUUGCAUCUGCCUCUGUAGUAAGGUGCCGAUGUCAUGUUCUGUGGAGGACUUUUGCGUGCGCUUCCCCAUGGUCUUGGGUGUUUCGUUUAGGUACGGGUAGAAGUCGUUUUACGGGUCAGAAUCACCCUGUAAGUAGGCUACGCCGAUUAGCUUCUCUAGGUCGUGGAUGGUCGGUGCUUGGUAGGCCUUGGGUCUGCGUUUUACUUUGCCAGACCUCGGUGUGUGCUGGAAAGGCAUCUACCGAUUCGGUGUACGAUCCCGAUAUCGGUCCUGCUGUGCUACGGGCUGCGUGUCGGGCGCUUUUCAAGAUAAUUAAAAUUUUCAGCUUUCAAUGUAGGAGCCCGCAGUUAUGGUGUCUGCUCAGCUCCAGGUCCUAGCCCCGCCCCCCAGAUUGCACAAUUUAAGCUAAAUAUUCUCUGGAAAAUGUUCCACACAGCUUGGCUAUUUUAGCUUAAAUUUUGCUGUUCAGAUUUUCAUUCUCUACCUAUUCAAACGCUUAGUGAAUAACCUUUCUAGUAUCAGUAAUGUUUAGAAAAAAUAUAUAUCCCCUUUUGUACACGUUCAGUUACCUGUAGAGAUGUUUUCUAAGCCUAGCUAUCCUUAUUUCAGUUUCUGUUGGUUUAACAUUUCAAGCAUUGGGUGUUGGCUAAAGAAUCUUUUAGCGUGUGUUCAGAGCGUACUUUUAUUGGCAUUGAAAUAAGAUUAUUUUUAUUGACGGGCAGAGUUACUGUUUGUGCAUUGUCUGAAAAAGUGUCCCACCCCCUCUCCCAAUAUGUUUUUUUUGUUUUUUAAAACAUUUAUUCUCAGAGAGGAAACUGAUGUUUGCUGACCACACAGUUAGCUUCACUAUAGAUUAAUGCAUGGAGACAAUGCUAGAUUAUUAGGGAUAUGGUGUGGUUUGUUUAGUCACAAAAUCUUUGUGAAUUAAAUUUCAUUCAGUUUACACCACCCUGAUUGUCAAUGAGACAACCAAUCCUGUUUGUUUAGCUCAGUGCAGCUAAACUCAAGAGGCAGCAAUAACCCAGAGCCCCUGCCUUGUAAGAACUUCUCAUUAAGCUGCACUGGGAAGUCUGUGAUUGGACAACCACAGAAAGUCUGGACUAGGAAAGAAGACAAGCGAUCUGUAGCUUUGCAAGCUGUGGUAUGCCACCAAUGUGCAUGUAUAUCUACUAAAUUGUUUAAAAUAAAACAUGGGAAUGUUCCUUUAAUGUCAAGAUCAGUAUAUUAAGAGGUCAUGUCUUCCUUCAUGGUUUACUGUAAAAAAGAGAAACCAACAAAAAACUUGCUGUACUUUUAUUUUCUUUACUGGAAACAAAUCCAUAAAAGCAUAACCAAAAUGCAUCAAUAAUUGACUUACUGUGGAGUAGAACAUCUGCAUCCUUUUUAAAAUUUGAAAUUUAGCUGACUAUGUAAUGUGGGAAUACAUAUUAUUUAUUUUGGACACAUUCUGUCCUUUUAAAUCUGUAUAUUGCCAAAAGCUAAAAUGCAUUUUAUAAGCACAAUUCCAAAGAUAUGUGACUUGGAAAUGAGUUCUUUGUUCCCAGCAUUUAUUAAAUUGUAAUUGGUUAAUCGUUGGUGAAUGCCUUCCAGAAUUUCCAGAUCAGAUGGGAAAGUUUCGAUUCGGGAACUCUUUUCCUCUGCCAUAGAUACUUAUUUUCCAGUGAUGCUCCCAAAAAAAUGACACCAGGCUUAUGUGCCCACUUUCUAGUUGCCACAUGUUUCCAAUUAAAUUAUUUUGCUUUAUUGGCAGGUCCUAUGUUGGUCCCUACCCCUAUUCCCAAUGUCAUAUCUUGGUGACUUUAGUGUCCCUUUAAGAAUGGUUUAACUCUUACCCUGCUGUACCAGAUGCUCAAGCUCCUUGUGAUUUUACUUGGUCUGAUAAGUUCAUACUUCCGACAUUUAUACCAAGUUUAGCCGGCCCUGCAUAGUCGAUAAGUUGGCUCCUGAAGAAUACGGCACACUUAUUCCACUUCAUCAACUAUAUGUACUAAUAAUUAUUUUAUUUUGUCUGAUUGUUUUUCCCUAGGCAAGGAAUGAACCUGAUGUAUAUGAAACCAGUGAUUUGCCUGAGGAUGACCAGGCAGAAUUUGAUGCGGUAAGGCUCUUAUUUUGAGUUUAUUUUAGGCGCAGUAAGUAACUUUGCCAAUUUGUUGGCUGUUAGUGUUUCUGGCAUGCUUCAUUAAAAUGCAAUUGUCAUAAGUAAAGCAUAUCAGUUCAUUGUAUAAGACAUUUUUAUUAUUGCAUAUUCUGUCAAAAGUGCAAUGUAUCUCGUCAGCUUUUUGCAUUGGAAUUAACUCAAAUAUGCUUUAAAUGGUAAAACCGUAAAGCCAUAUUAUAGUUUUAAUUUUUUCUUUUGGCUGGCCAAGCAUCUACAUUUUGUCUGGCAAACAUCAGCCAUCAUGGAGGUAAAAGGUGGAAGCACUGCUUUAAGCUAACAAAAGGAAUUGCAGAUUUAAACCGUUCCCAGUAAAAUGCAUGAACAAAUUAAGCUAAAUAUUAUUUUUCAAUUAUUUACUGUGUUUCUGUUUGUACCAACUUUGAUUAUAUGAACAGCACAUAGUAAAAUAAAUUAUUCUAAAGUUGAAGAGUAUGACUGUUACAUCAUCGUGCUCUCAUCUAGAUUUGAAGAUCUUGCAAACUGCUGUUCCCUAGUAAAGAUCACAUACUUGGUCAAAUAGAUUAAAAACAAAGAAGUAAUCUAUCAAUCUUAAUCUAUUUGACCAAGUAUGUGACUUGUUUCUUUUAUGAUAUUUUCAUAACAUAGAAUAGAAAAUACACGUCAAAAUGACAACUUUCCAUACUAAACAUUACCAACACCAAGUUAAAUUGUUUUUGUAAAAUGAAUGUUACCCCUUAACUUGUGUUAAAUCUGUUUUUAUUGAUAACAGUUCAGGAAACAAUUUUUCCAUGUAUGGGAGGUAGUAUACAUGCAAUAAACGGUAUAUGUAUCAGCGAAAGUUUAUCAGUGUUAUAGUAACAUUUGCCUACGCAGAGGCUUUCGAUUUGGUAAAGCAGUUAUGGCAGUUUUGAAAAAAAACAAAAAACUGGUUGUCCACUCAGGAGUGGCAUAUGGUACAGUUAGCAUGGGACAUGGUUACCGCAGUCAAUGUGGUUUACAUAGACUGAUGAGUGGUUCAUCUGCAGCCUGUCAUCCAUUCCCAGGGAUUGUGUAGGGUGGGAGGUGUGGGUCCAUUUCCGUGGAGUGUGUCAGCUCCUGUCAAAGGGUCGUCUGGUAUUGGUCUAGUUCUGUGUCAGGGUAGUGGGCUGGGCCCUGGUUGGAGGGUCAGGUGAGAGAGGGUGGAUGGAAAAGAGAAGGAGGGAGAGAGGGGGAGAAGAAGAAGAGAAAGAGAGGGGGAAAAAAAGGGGGGCGGGAGGGCAACUCCCAUCCCUCUGCCCCCUCAACCAGUGUCGCCUGAGCACUGACCCCGGUCACUGCCUCAGCCCUCCGUGCCCCGAGGGCUCCCUCACGGGUGUCUCUCCAGGUGUCCCCGGCCUGCCCUCUGUACGAACUCUUUUGAGGAGACAUGUCUCGGUCAGUGGAACCAUCUCUUCGUGUACCUUUCUUUAUCUUUCGCCGAGGUUGCCUUCAACUCUUCGAAUUUCCUUGUACCCUCCACCUCCUCUACCCAUCUCUUGAGUACGGGGGUGCGUUGUUGUCUCCGUAGAUGGGGCUGAUAGCUUUCACUGCAUUGAGGAGUCUUGGAGUCACUGAACUUUUAUAGGCCGGCAUCGGCAUUGUGGUGUAAAGGAGGAGAUAUGGGGACGGUAGGAUUUCAUCAGUCACUCCCCGAAUCACACGGCCGGUCUUUUCGCAAAAUGGUCUAAUGAGGGCCAGGUCCCACCAAAGGUGGAUGAAGAUACCCCCCUCCUCUCCACAUCGCCAGCAGGUGUCAGGCGUGGUGUAAUUUUGGGCGCGGAGGGCGGCGGGGGUGAUGUACCAUCUUGUGAAGACUUUAUUUGCGUUUUCCUGCAGCCUUGCUGACCCUGGAGUCUUGUGGAUGUGAGUGAUGAUCAAGUGUGGUGCAGAUCAGGGAGAUUGCUCUUGGUACCACAUCCUGAAGGCAGAGGGAUUCGAAAUCCAUUCGGUCUCGAAGUAGGCAUGGUUUUUGGGGGAUUGAGCGGGCGUAGUGCGAUAUUUGUUCUCUCGCCAUAGUGUGUAAAAAUGUGUGCUGUUGUUCUGUAUAGCACAUCAGCUACACAGAUUUUUUUUUGGUAUGGUUCGUCAGGUGUCUGAGAGGCCCUUGGUCUCCUGCCGGGAAGUCCGGGCUGCCUCUCAGGGGGAUCAUGGGGCUGGGAUCUAUUGUAAGGUAGUAUUUGGUGCUGUUUUGGUGCCAGAUAUGGAGUGUGGCUUUCACGAAUGGAUUUGUGAGGUUAGAGUGUUUGCUUGCUUCCCUUGUGAUCCAGGGCAGAGUAGUACUAGGUAGUACUUUCUAAAGUCUGGUAAGGCUAGGCUGCCUUUGAGUUUGGGUAGUUGGGAAUGGGCUAUGCGGGGGGAUUCCCUUAACUGGGGUUUGAUUCAUUUCGCAGUGACAUACUGCCGAUUUCAUGUUUUUGGGUGGAGAGUAUUUACAUCCAAUGUGAGCAAAUAUGCAUCAAAUUGAAGUGGUUAAGGUGGAUAGAGUAUGACUUUUAAAUGUAAUUUUCUCAAAAUAUAACUUUGAGUGAACACCUCCCUUGAAUUAUUAUUAUUAUUUUUUUAAAGAACACUGGCUGGCAUAAUUUGAUACAACCUACCAUAUUCUCAUAUGUUUUACAACAUGCAAUCCUCUCCUAAUUAAAGAAACAUUCUGAUGCACGCAUUUUUUUAAUGCAUCCUAUACCUUUCCGUAAAUUAUGUCCUCGACAGUGUGCAUAUGGGCAAAGUAAGUACAAUUUUAGGGUUUUAUUCAACUCGACUACAUAUUUUAUGCCAGUCAUCCCUGCAAGGGAGAGGUCCUCUUUUACUGUUUUAAAUAAAAAUGGAUGAAACCAAACCAUGUUUUAAGUACAGGUGCAACUCCCAACACUUAUUCACAUUACUAUUCAUGUUUGAACACAUUUGCAAGUUGCUGUAUAGUGUGGCUUGCACAGAAACCCUUUUGGAGGCAAUUAAAAUGAUUGAAAUGUGGCUGCUUUGACUUGUCCCUCCACCUUGAAUGUAGUAACUCCAUCUUAAACAUCAGUAUAUGUGGCACUAGUAUUUGCAUGACACUGGUAUCCUGGACUGUUACUCUGCCUGAUAAUUACAUCUGGUAAGUGGUUAGCUGUUUGAAAGUAGUUAUCCAAUUUAAAUAUUGAUUGAUAUCUUAUACAUGUAUGACUUCACAGGAACACAUGUAUCUCAAAGCAAAGAUAUGAUUAGCAGUCCUGAGGAUCGCACAAUAAGACAAUUUAGGGAGAUGACAUUUCUGCUUGGUGAAAUUAUCAGGAUGCGCCUGCUAAUAUUACUCAACAUCAUGUAGUUGAAAUUAAGCCGGUAUGACAUUCGGCAAUUCAGAGGUCAUGCAGUAAGAUUUAGCUUUUCAUUGUCCUUUUCAAGUGUUUAGUUAGAUGUAGUACAGUUUCUCUGCAUGGUAUUCAAGUUCAGACUGAUUGCUCCACUUGCAGAACUCUGGUUAAUUCUACCAUCCAGCUCUGCACACUGUCAUAUGGUGGGCAUUAUCACACACAGGUAAGGUGUAGGACAGGCCCGGUGAGUUAUAGGUGGUGUCCCGCUGGCCUGUACUAUGGGCCAUACUGACAGAGCCAAGACUAGAUAGACCAUUCAGGACAUAGUGCUUUAUGUAGCCACUUAACUAGCAAGUCAAUGGGUGUCACAGCUGAUUGCCAUAGAGUACUUUGUGGCCACUUACCUAACAAGCCAAUGGAUGUCACAGCUGAUUGCCAUAGAGCACUUUGUGGCUACUUACCUAGCAAGCCAAUGGAUGUCACAGCUGAUUGCCAUAGAGCACUUUGCCCCAGAAUUAGAGAUUAGCAGGUUUAUUCACCAAAGUGUGAACUGACAGGAAUUAAAUGAGAAUGUAAAAACGUUAGGCCAAAAUUACAGAUAUUUGGAUUGGGUUUGUAGCUUUAAUUUUUUGCUGACGUUAUAAUAACUGCAAUUUAUGGGGGGGGGGGUGUCAAAGGAUGAAACACUUUUUUAAACCAUGGACCUAUUGUGACUAAACAAUCAUGUUUAACCCCUUAAAAACAUAUGAUUGAAUGUGUGUAUCAUACUGAACUUCUACUUCUGAAGCUGUGUCCUUAAAGGGUUAAUGGUAGCUGUUAGCUGUAGACUUUUAAAUACUUACUGUGUAAACUGGACCAGCUCUUCAUAUCAUGCUUGGGGACACCAUCUACUAAUGUUGAAUUGUAAUGCAAUUGUUACACAUGUUAAUUAAUCUAACCCUCUCACCCUCCCUUUUUGACCACCAUGCCUGGAUGCUAGUUUGCACAAGUAAGACUACUCAUGCUUCUUUUUAAUGCAUGCUUUCUGAGUAUAAUGUUCGCAUGCAAUCUGAUUUCUGUAGUGCCACUUUUAAUGUUAAAUUCUACCGAAUGACCUGAUAAAUCACCUUUAGAUCAGUAAUGUGGGCUAAAAUUGUUAAAUGUCCAAAUAAUAAUAAUAAUAAAGUUUCUUGAUUUGCAUUUGAUUUAAUUCUGAUUUUGGAUUUAAUAAUAAAAUAAUCAAGUAAUCAUUACAUCUUUUGCUUUUUACACUCAGGAACUUUGAAAAUUUGAUUUUGUGAAUAUUGUCAAUGCCACAGUAAAUCUACAUUUGAUUAAACAUGAAUAAUGUUAACUUUGCUAUUUUAAAGCCUAAAUCUUGGCUAAUGAUCGUUAUACUGAUUGUUGGUGCUGAGAUUGUAUGUUUUUUUUUUUGUUCUAUGGAAAAGUUUAAAGGAUCACUCUUACCACUAACAACUUUGCAUCAAUGCAAAGGGUAUGAUGCAGAGAAACAGAGUGCCCUGUCUUGUCUAGUGUGGCUGAAAACUGCAGCUUUGUUUGCUUAAUGACACUGGAUGACUGACUGCAAAGUAUUUACUUCCCCUCCAAGAUCAGGAGUGGUCAAGUCAAUGCUUCAAGCUGAAUGAUUUCUGCACACACAAUUUGGACCGACAUCUCGCCCCUCCCUUUUCUGUUCCAAGUACAUACUCACAGCCCAACGCACAAAACUGUGAACAUAACUUUAAAUAAGUUGGUAACUGCUUUUAUAUAGCUGUUAUCAGUGUGCUGUUUUGCUCAUCCUAUAUGAUCUGUGGAACUGGAGCUUAAAGAUAAACCUGUGCUGCAUAGAAGGGUUAAUGCGAUAAGAAAACAGAAUGAGAGGAUCCUGUUUGGAACCUCUACCUUUUUUGACAGCGGCCUGCCAACAGCUGCAGCUGCCUGUGCAUGUGGUACAGUUUGUGUUUUUGGAACCUAAAAGGCAAGUAUUAUAUAUUUUUUGUUCCCACGCCACAUGCAAAGCUAUUUUACCGUUUAAAAAUAAAUUUUAAAAAAUACAAUGUAAAAUGUAUUGGCAGACAAUUACAGCUUAUCAACACUUCCAUCUCAACAGGAGACUCUUCUCCUGUGAAGACUAAAACAUUGAUACACUGUGAUUGUCUGCUUUUGGAUUUAAUAAAGCAGUAAAACUUGAUUUAAAGCAUAUACUUGUUUGAUAUAACUACGGCUGGUUGCUGCACCAUGGUAAGCACAGAGUAACUAAACUAUGAGCUCAGUUCUUGGGACUAUAUAUGUAUUGGAUUAGCCAUAUCCAGUAGACAAGAUACCAAAGUAUUGCAGUAUGAAAUGAUUACUUUUUUUAUUGAACAUAAUGCUUAAAGACAAGCUUUUGAGAAUUGUCCUCUUUCUCAGGUCUGAAACAAUACUGAUCAGUAUGAUAGAGUAUGACUCUUAAAACAGCUGAUGCUAGAAAAUGGGAGGGUGGCGAGUGGGGUGUCAUAAAUGGCAAAAGAUGGGCCGGAGCGUAAAAGCUGCAGAUUGGUUGAAAAUAUCCAGGACAUGUAAAAAGAGAAGAGUCAAUUUGCUUAUUAAAACAGCAGAGAAAGGCAUACAAAUGCACAGCUGCAUGACACCUGGCCCUCCUCUUCUCUAACAUCAAUUGUUUUAAAGUGGCUCUGUCACAUAAAACUUACCUUUCUUUUGUUGUUUCCUCUUCUCUUCCUCUUUCAGAUUCUGUCCUUUUCUUCAUUUCUGAUUUAUUUAUCUUUAAAACACAAGAUUAAGUAAGGACUUGACAAAGGGUGGAGCUCAAGGCAAGCUUCACACUUGUUAGCUUCAUGAUGAAAGUGUAGCUUGCCUCAAGCUCCUCCAUUUUGUCUUAGUUGUCAAGCAUAUGAAUACUACGUAAGACAAAGUAAUUUCUAAUUUGUCCUAUGUUCUAAAGAGAACUAGAUCAGAAAUGAAGAAAAGAAGAACAGAUUUUGUAAGCGGAAAUGAAGAGGAAACAAUCGUAACAAUUUAAUGUUUUGGGGGUGACCGAGCCACUUUAAAUGUUAUACUCGAUCACAGUGCUCCUCCAGCUAUUGUCAUCCUCCAAGACACGCCAAACUUCUUCCAAGAAAUCCACAGCACACCACAGGCAAAAAUAUAUAAAUAAAGAAUAGGAGUAAUAAAGUGCAUACACAGAACAGUGUCACUUUGCCCCACAGAACAUGGCACAGUCAGUUUUCCAAUUAAAAAUACACCACAGUCAGUUAUCCCAUUAAAAACAGUUUACCUAUGAAUAAAUAUCACAGUAAGUUUGCCAAUUAGUAAAUACAACAGUAGGUUUGCCCAUUAAUAAGUAUCACAGUAAUUGUGUGAGUGUAGUGUGAGAGAGUUUCUGAGGUAGGAUAGAAGCUGACUUUUGUGGGGGCUGAGAGGGGUGCAGCUUUUUAUGUAUUUAAAAGAAAUUUUUUUUUUUUAAAUUAGUUCAUUUUUUUAUCUGUGGCCAGGGGGGGGGGGAAACGAUGGCGCAUUCCAUGUUGGUCUGCUGGCACUGUAGUGGCUAUCGCCCUUCCCCGCUUCUCGUGAGCCCCAGCAGGACCAUGUGGAUUCAAGCAUUGCGUUGGUAACUACGGCAACGCUUUGAAAGCCGGGACUCUGUGAUCUUUCUUACCGGGUCUGUAUGUAUGUAAGGUAAAGAGUUGUAGUCCACCAGCUGCUGGAAAUUUACAUUCACUAUAUAGUUUCACCUGCAGUUUGACCUAUUUAGUGGUCUCUUAAGUGUCCCUGAUUUGAGCUUGCAUCCUGUGGCUAAGCUUUAUGGAUGCACUUCAUGUCCGUGGCACACAAUAAUUCUAUAUCUUCCAUUAUUAUAAGACCAGUGUAAAUGUAUUAUUACUGCAAUAUUGCAAAGAGUAAAACAAGUUUCACUGUUCAGAAGAAGUAAACAUCAACUGGUAAUAGGUCUUACUAACUUGCAUUUGUUUAAGUGAUAUAACCAAGACCUCUUGAAUGAAUGUGGAAAGCCUGGUAAGAUUAUAUUCAUAUGUUUUUUUGUUUGUUUUUUACACUGCUUAAACCACCUUUUUGCUAGCUUAGUUUAACCCAAUCUAUUCAAUAUUUAAUGACGCACAUUAGUUUGCUUUAAUAUCUCCUGCUUCAUCACUUCAAUCAAACCUGCACAUGGAAUAACUUGCUUAUACUAAAUCUAUACAUACAGAUACUUGGAUCUAAUCCUUAGUUCUUCACAAUAUCUGGUUCCCUUUGUUUUAUCUUUUUAUCUAUCCCUUAUAUUAUUUCAGGUGACUUAAAGGUAGGCAGACAAUGUAAUAGAGCAGCAGGAAAUGCUAGCAGAAUGCUUGGUUGUAUAGAGAGAGGUAUUAGCAGUAGAAAGAGAGAAGUGCUCAUGCCAUUGUACAGAACACUGGUGAGACCUCACUUGGAGUAUUGUACACAGUACUGGAGACCGUAUCUUCAGAAGGAUAUUGAUACUUUAGAGAGAGAGUUCAGAGAAGGGCUACUAAACUGGUUCAUGGAUUGCGGGAUAAAACUUACCAGGAAAGGUUAAAGGAUCUUAACAUGUAAGACGAGACAGGGGAAUAUGAUAGAAACAUUUAAAUACAUGAAGGGAAUCAACACAGUAAAGGAGGAGACUAUAUUUAAAAGAAGAAAAACUACCACAACAAGAGGACAUAGUCCUAAAUUAGAGAGGCAAAGGUAUAAAAAUAAUAUCAGGAAGUAUUACUUUACUGAGAGAGUAGUGGAUGCAUGGAAUAGCCUUCCAGCUGAAGUGGUAGAAGUUAACACAGUGAGGGAGUUUAAGCAUGCGUGGGAUAGGCAUAAGGCUAUCCUAACUAAAACAUAAGGCCAGGGACUAAUGAAAGUAUUUAGAAAAUUGGGCAGACUAGAUGGGCCAAAUGGUUCUUAUCUGCCAUCACAUUCUAUGUUUCUAUCCUAGCAAGUGACUUUGCAAUGCUUUCAAAAUGUGGCUAAAUUUACAGAAAUUAUCAUAGAAGAUUGGCUUUUUUUCAAAUCCCCGCCAUAGAAUAUUUUGUUUUGAUCUUUCUGCAGAAAAUGGCAAUAAUGUAAAGUAAAACCCAUGUCUUCAAAUGUUACAAUGUACAUGGUCUAGAAAUGCUAAGUAUAAAACUUGCAAUUCUGUCUUAAAGCAUUUUUUCUUUCUACUUCCAAGUACUUUUAGCUGUUUGUUGUUUUUUUUAACUGUACAUGAGGUACUGUAAGCUUAUUAUAAAGUUGUUGCAUGUUUUAAUCUUCUAAUACAUUUUUUUUUUGUUUGUUCUUUCUUCCUUCUUUUAACUUAUGUUUGUUUUGUUAUUUUUCUGUCACCUCUUGGGAAAAUCUGCAAGGAGCUGGUAAGCAGUCUGCUAUUGUCUGCAUCUUAUGUUGCUGUACUUGGACUGCUGUGUGUCUGUUUUGUGAUGCUUCUUUCCAUUUAAAUUUUACUCAUAUAACGUCGUUCUCAUGACUGCAGACUAUAUGUAAAAAUAAAUGAAUGCAAGUAUCAUGCUUCUAACCUCUGUAAUAAACAAGGCGUUCAUCAAAUCAUCAGGAUUGUUGUGUUCUUCAAAAUCCACUUGCGGACAUUGUUUAUUUAAAAUCCGUUACGUGAAACAGGUUUGAGUGAUAGAUGUUAAUAUGCGUGUCUAUGUAUGUAUAUAAUAUAUAAUACUGAAUACAUACAUACACACAUAGGAUUGAGUCAAAUGCCUUUUGGGGAUGCACACGCAUCUCUAAGAAUUGGCACAGUUGUUGCUGGUGACUGUUGUCUUACUUGUGUAUAAGCUAUAGUAUGCCAUCUUUAACUUAUGUAUUUUUCCAGUUCAGACACACUUUAAACAUACCUCUGAUCCCUUAAUUUGUGUUUGAAAUGCUCUUGCAUAUCUGCUUACACAUCCACUGCAGGUACCAGACUUGUACUAUGUCUUUGACAAUCUUUAUUUUUGCGUUUUUCAGUUUUUGUUAAGUAGUCCAAACAGAAGGAAUACCAAUAGCGUGCCAAAUACAACUGAGCAUUUGUAGAAAAGUGAGCACAUCUACAUAAGAGAACAAUCAUUAGGGUUACCUUCUCCUACCCAUCACACUUCCCUCCCCCACCCUUUACUUCUUAGAACAAUAUUCUAGAGCUGUUUUAACAAUAAACAGUGAUAAAGCAUAAUAGCAGUUUAAGGAAAGAAAGGGGAAAAACAAUAAAAAAAAAACCUUUUUUUAUAUAAUAUACUUUACGGCUUUGAUCCAUAUGCAUAUAGGUGCAAGAUUGUCCAUUUGCUAAAAUAGCAUAAACAUACAUAAUAGGGAACAGUACAUUUAAAUUACUUAAAGGGACUCUGAGCACCAUUAAUAUGCUUUAAUUUAUUAUUUAAAAUGUAUUUAUUUUUUUCUUUCUCAAAUCUUUAUCAUUUGUGCACAAAAAAAUAAAUGGUUGACAGAAUAAGCCUGCCAACUUACUCAAGCCCAUCACUCCAUAAAAAUAUUUCAAAUGUAGAUACAGAGUUCAGCCGUUGAACGCAGAGUGAUCUGAACUACAAAUAACCUGCAUUAGAAGAAGACACUUGGGCAGUCAUGUAGUAAGGAUAUCACUACCUAUGCUGGGUGCAUACGUUUGAUAAUGAAGUCUUUCUGGCUUGAAGGGGUGUAACCAAAGAGGCAGGUUUAUGGCGCAGUAUUCUGUAUUUUUCCAUUUGGAUAGAGGCUAUACAACACUAGCAGGGAUUUUCCUCCUGGCCUCCCAUUGGACAGGCAGAAUUGAUCCUAUUAAAAAUAAUCCUUAAAUUGCCCUGAGCCGGGAGUGUACCUGUAAAUCGAAACCUGUAACAUUAGAUUAGUCCCUCUAGCAGGCUAUACCCACUUGUCUUGUGUAUGAUUGUAAAAAAAAAAGGCCCUUUUUAAAACUUCAGUUUUGUCUGCGGCACAGUGUUUGAUAUCCACUGAUGCCUGCCAUUUUUAGAUCAAUUACAUUUAGAUUGCCAUUAGUUUAUGUGAUCUAUUUAUUAAUGUUAGCUAAUUAAUGGUACUCAUUUGGUUUAAUGAAGUAUUAAAUCAGUUGAUGGUGAAUAAAGGACACAGAGGAUUUUUUCAGCCCUGUUGGAGAGAAUUGAGAUGACUAAAAAUGACUGAAUUUGCUAUCGCAAAUUUGACAGUUUAAUGAAUAAAUGAAUUGUGACUGACAUCAUUACUCUGAGAUAAAGAUAAAGGAAUUUCACAGCUGGAGCUCUGUCUUGCUCAGAAAUGCUGUCAUCGCCCCACUUCUCUAAACCCCCCCCACCCGUUCCCCCACCGCCUUGAUUUCCAAUAAUGUAAAGGCAUAAGGCUGCAAGGUUUAGUAAGUAAAGGGCUGAAUUGUAGCAUCCAGAGCAGAAGAGGAGGGAAGGCCCUAGGCUGAGCAUUUUGCAGUAGCAGUGCCCUACGGAUUCCUGGUUUUCUGGAUUUAGCCCACGUGCAAACUUCUUAUUUUAAAAUCUGUGACUUUUUGGGAGACCCAAUUUCCAAAACAGCUACUGUGUAAUUACGAACUCCCAUGAGCAGUGAGCCUGUAUUGUUAUUUUUUCAUGACCACAUACUGUACAAUAUAAAACCUGUUAUUGCCUAUUCUAGACUAACAUUGGUGAACCUCAUAUUUCUGCACACAAUGAACAUACAAAUGUAGAAACAAAUUAUUUAAAAUGACAUAUUUCUAUUGUAUGUUUUUUUUUCUCCAUAAAGAUAUCUGUAGUGAAGUUUAUUCCUGCAGGAAUUACUGGUGAAAUGGGCCCCGUACAAUGUUAGGAGUUGUAAAAUAAGGCUACACCACCAACCUAUAACACUUAUAGAGCUACUGCAACCAAAUAACAGUAUUUUAAUAAAACACAAUUUUUGGCUAGAUUAAAGCUUCCUAUGCUGGACCACCCACCUUCCCCAAAAGCUAAAACGUACCUAAAAAACAACAAGGCAACCAAGUCAAGGCCUGAUCUUCCUUCUCUGCCAUCAAUCCACCUUGCUGUUGAGGGACGCAUGUAGGAGGAGGACAUGAACAGGUGAUGCCUGUCUCAAGCGUGCUGUGUGGGCUGAUGUCAGACAUCCAAUAUGCAAAGAAAUCACAUUAGCCAGGUACUAUGACCACUUCAAAUCACUGAAGAGGACAUAGUGCUUGGUAUCCCCUUUGAACCUUUCAGGGCAAUUAGUAAAGGAAUCCUUUCAAAUGCAACCCCUUUAAUAGUUUUCAUUUUUUUUAAUUCUCAUCCGACCUCUAGAUGGCAGUGAAUUGAGCAGUGAAUAAGCAUUGGGUUUGGUACCUCACAUUAAAAUUUUCCCUUUUUUAACCUUCCUAGAAAGACAAUAGAUACACAUUUCAUUUCCUGCUAAUAUUCUUUGCAUUGUUCUAUCUGCAUGGAUGCCUGAAAUUGCUGUAAUCCAAUUCUUUCCAAAUUGUUUUAUAAUCUGAGAGCUAUGCAAUGCUAUUAUUGUAACAAGAUGAUUUUGUUUUUGUUAAGAUAAGUGGCAUGCUUGUAUUAACUUGCCUAUUGUACAUUGUCUUAUCUUUGUGUUGGUUACGGAACGUAUAUUUAAAUAAUGCAGCUAUAUCAUGUUUAAUUUGAUAAUGCAGCAAUAAACAUAUUUAGAUCUAUCAUAAAUACUUAAUAAUGAACGUGUUGUGAAUAUUAGUGAAAUUUUCCCGGAUUAACACCACAAAUGAAUGUUCUGAUUAUUAUUUGUGUUAAGUUAUUUAAUUUUAUACAUACAAAUCAAAAUAGUUUUUUAGAAUGACCCUGUUACAUAUUAUUGUGGGGAUUGUAUACCUAGGUUUGAUAAUUUUUGUAUAUUUUGUAUGAGAUUUCUUGAAUAUGCAAAAACAAAUUAAGGUACAUAAUUCUGUUGUUUAUGAGGACUACUUACCAAGAUGUAGUAUAAAUGGACAUUUUUUCUUGUUGUUUUAUCUGUUAAGUAUUGGAGAACUCAGAUUGUUGAUUGUCAAUGUUUUUAUAUUGGUUUGAUAAUACAUUUUAAGUUAUUAAAAAAUUAAAUUUCCAUAGUUUUCUGAUGAUUGUAAUAGGUUCUCCACUAUACAAAAUACCCUUUCAAACUAGCAUUCCCUGAUUUCUACAUUAUAUAUUAUCAUAGACAAAAUGCCUGGCUUUCUGCAAUUUGAAAAGGAGUGUUCACUCAUUUAACUAAUUAUUUUAUUUAGGAAGAACUGACUAGCACCAGUGUAGAGCAUAUCAUUGUCAACCCCAAUGCAGCAUAUGACAAAUUUAAGGACAAGAAAGUUGGCACCAAGUGUUUGGGUAAGUCAUUUUUCUUAAAACAUGUGGUAGAAUUAUUCUAAAAUCUAUUUUUUUUAUAAAGCUUGAUCCAAAGAUAAAAUUUAAAGGGUCAAUUCAAAUUCACACAGUUAAAUGCCAAUUUCUUUAUCAUGUGCUAUCCCGAAAGCAUUUCUACAUGGCUGUAGUGAUCUGGAAAGGAGCCAUCUUCUUACAUGCCUGCCAAAGCUCUGCACAUCGGAUGGCAUUAUUGUGCCUCUAAAAAACCCAAAAAGACAAACCUAUUUAAGUUGAUCUCAUUUGUAUUCGCAACUAAAUAUCAUAAGUUCGUAAUAACACAAGGUGCUUAAGUUAAGAUGACACUAUAAUACAACAAUUUUAGUGCUAAUCUAAAACACAAUGCGCUGUGAGCAGUGGUAAUGUCACUCUUAAUAGAAAGUGUCAGCGCUUCAAAAAAAUCUAUCCUUAAUAGUUAAAAAAGGAAAAGUUACUGAUAUAAAACCAAAUGUUCUUGUGGGUGUAUUAUUAAUACACCUGCACGAUAGUGAAUAUGUCUUGAUAAAAUAGAUUCACUGGAUACCUGAUGUCAUCAUCAGGAAUAGGCUGAUGUUGAUAAUCCACAGCUUAAUAAUGCAGAUUUGGUAUAGCAAAAAUUAAUAUAAGUGGGAUGUCAUCAAACAGUUUAUUUGUAAAUAGAAAAGCGUCUUAUUUGUGGUGAUAAAAAUAUAACACGAAGUAAUAAUAAAAUAUAUCCAAAAGUGGUAUAAAAUCGUAGCCACUAAUAAGUCCAGUACAGGCAGUUGAGCAGUUGAGUUACCUUUCUGUUGAGGCAGCUAUAGUAGUGGAAAGUUCUCUCUUUGAGCCGCACAAGGAAUAAUGCAACCGGGGGACGUAGGAAUCUCAGACCGCUGAACAAUACCGCUGAUGCCGGAAAGAUGCAGGAUAAAUGAAGAAUAAAUGAAGAGAUGGAUUCUCAGCUCAUCAAUGCGUUUCACCCGUGUGUUAAAAAAAAAUAUACACUGCCUUAAUAUUCUAAAAACAUUCUUUAAAGUACUUCACAGAUGGUACCUAGUUCCAACUAAAUUGGCUAAAAUAUCUCCGACUAAUUCUCCACUUUGCUGGAGAUGCUUAGCCAAUGAAGGAUCUAUGCUACAUAUUUGGUGGAAGUGUCCAUGAAUAAUUACAUUCUGGGACUCGAUAUAUUCCACAAUGUCAGUUUUUAAUAUAAACCUAAGGAAAUCCCCAGAAACUGGCCGCCUUCAUCUUAAAUGGGGCAAACUCCCAAAAAACAUCAAAUAUUGAUUCUACACUGUCUUAUGUCUGCAAAAAUGAUCAUCGCAAGAUCUUGGAAACAAAUAUCAACGCCAGAUUUUACUCCGUAUAAAAAAACAACUUCUAUUCCAACUUGAAAUGGAAAGGGGAGUUUCCUACUCAAACGAUAACUUAAAGGACCACUCUAGGCACCCAGACCACUUCAGCUUAAUGAAGUGGUCUGGGUGCCUGGUCCCUCUAGGAUUAACCCAUUUUUUUUAAUAAACAUAGCAGUUUCAGGGAAACUGCUAUGUUUAUAAAUGGGUUAAUCCAGCCCUCAAAUCCUCUAGUGGCUGUCUCAUUGACAGCCACUAGAGGCGCUUGCGUGAUUCUCACUGUGAAAAUCACAGUGAGAGCACGCAAGCGUCCAUAGGAAAGCAUUGUAAAUGCUUUCCUAUGAGACCAGCUGAAUGUGCGCGCAGCUCUUGUCGCGCGUGCGCAUUCAGCCGACUGGGAGGAUCGGAGGAGGAGAGCUCCCCGCCCAGCGCUGGAGAAAGGUAAGUUUUAACCCCUUCCUCUCCAUCCAGCGCAGCGGGAUGGGGACCCUGAGGGUGGGGGCACCCUCAGGGCACUAUAGUGCCAGGAAAACGACUAUGUUUUCCUGUCACUAUAGUGGUCCUUUAAACUAUAUUCACCAUUACGAUCAAUGGAUUAAAAAGAUAAGGGAAACAUUUUAAUAAUUUAUUAUGAAUUGGAAACCUGUAAACCUUGAUAUACUGUGUCUCUCUAUAUAUAUAUAUAUAUAUAUAUAUAUAUAUAUAUAUAUAUAUAUAUAUAUAUAUAUAUAUAUAUAUAUAUAUAUAUAUAUAUAUAUAUAUAUAUCCGUUAACCGGAGAACUAUACUAGCAAUAUUAUAUAUAUUUAACUUUUGUAUUGUAUUGUCUAUGUAUAAUAUUUUUCUUUCAAUGUUGUAUGUAUAAUAUAAAAUAUAAUAAAACAUUUAAACAUUAUAAUUAGCUUGUAGCAUCCUAUAAUUAUGGCCUUGUCCGUCUCCAAAAUUAUCCGAGUUUGCAGUGUCUGUACAAGAACCCUAGCUGAAAACAUGGCUUGUUUCUUAUUGAACAUUAUGCAAGGUUUUUGAAAUAUUUCCAAUGAAUGCCAGGUGUUUCAAUGUAGAAAACCGUAUUCAUGAAAGAACAUUGCAUAUAUUAACUAAAUCCUGGAUUCCUCAGAAAAGUGAACCUUUGCCUCCAAGGAUCACUCGAAGCAUCAUAAUCAAUACAGCCUGCUGCAGUUUUUAGCAAACGUUUGCCCUCUUCCAUGGGUUCCCGCUGGGCUCUGAGACUCCUAGUAUCUCUGGUGAUGGGCUUCUGUCUUCUGCAGAGCUGAGCAAACAAAUUCAAUUGCCAUUCAUUUAUUGAGAGCAUCAGCUGACUGAAUUGCACACUCUGCAUGAAAGUUUUCACAGAAUUUACAUUUGCCAGCCUGGAACUCUAGUUCUGUAUUGGCUAAUUGGCACCUCUAUGAUACUAACAGGGGUGGAGUUACAUGCAAUCAAAGUAGAUGAAUUUGCAGCAUGACAGGAUGAAAUUCAGGCACCAUGACCAUUUAAAAUCAAUUUGUAUGAGAUAUUGAUUGAAUUAUUUUCCCCUUGUCAGCUCUGCGCUAUCUAGUCAGUAAAUGACUAUCUGGUCAUUAUCAUGCUGCAAAAAGAUUGUCCAACUAGCAAUCCUGAGGCCAAUCAAGCCAUGGUGACCUUAUAGGAGCCUUAGAGAUAUCCAGCAUUCCCCAAUAAAGCUUCCCUGCCCGUGACAGUGUCUCCUCCAUGGUAAACCAUGGAAACCACACACACACAUCUCAUAGUCACCUCAAAUACUUUGUUACAAGACCAACAUCCACUCCUCAUAAAAUGCCAAAGCAAAAAAAAAAAAAUAUUGUGCUCUCCUAACACUAAUUGUUUGUAGCAGCUCUUUCACUUAGGGCAACUUUAGACCUUCACUGAUUAAUGCUUCAGAUUGGAAUUGAUUUGCUUCUGUUGAAAAGUUGAGUUAUUGUUUGAUAUGAUCAGUAUCUUACAUUUAAUUUCUCUUCUAGAUUUCUCAGAUCGAAUCAGCAAGUCAAAGCGAACUGGUUAUGAAUCAGGGGAGUAUGAAUUAGUAAGUAGAAGUGUAAUUAAAGGGACUAUUCAUACUGAAAGUGAUUCCCCCUUUUAAUAUGUUGAAGAAAUAAUGCAUUUGUAAAACAACUGUAAAAAGACACUCACAUUUUUGAGGUUCCUGCUGAAAAUCCACAGUAAAUUUUCAUCCUAUUCAGUUGCUCCCAUGAUUAUCCAUGUGAUUAUCACAUAUCCCAUAAGCCAUUGCACGUUAAUUGUUUGUGACAUUUGUUAUUCAGCUCCCAGUUUCUUAUGAAAGCUGUAAACUGUCGAGAAGGUCCAUCCAAAGUUAGCUACAUUCAUGAAUAAAGCUUUUUGACCAUGUUAACAAAAAGAUGCAUUGCAGCUUCCCUUUACUUGCAAUGUUGUUUUAUUCUCAUUUUUAUGAAUUAAAGGAUGUCUUUAGGGUUCCUCUAUUGAACGCAUUGUAUAAAUUACCAAAAUUGUUACGUUAUUUACUUUUAUGAUUUCUCUUCAGCUUGGAGAAGGUGCUGGAGUAAAAGAAACUCCACAGCAGAAAUAUCAGAGGCUAUUGCAUGAAGUCCAAGAGUUGACUGAGGAAGUUGAAAAAAUACAGGUGGGUUUUCUUAACUGCUAUAUACAGUGGAAUAUUUUAAACUCUCUCCCCUUCCCUCCCCUCACAUCCCAAUGUGUUUUACAUAGGGCCCCAUACUACACUAUACUUCUCGCUGUCAACCCCACCGCGAUCGCUUUAGGCCCUCGCCAUAGUAAAGCAUUGCUGGAGUUUGUACUGUUGCUGGAUGUCCUCAUGCAUCAGUUAGGCUACCAAAAGUUGCCUAGCAAGCAGUAAGUGCCUCUAGUGACUGUCCGAUUGAAAGGCUCCCUAGAGGCAGUCUUAGUCCUGCAAUGUAAUUAUUGCAAUUUCCUUAGAAACUGAAAUAAUUAACACUUCAGAACUAAGGGGGACAGGGUCACUGAAUUCAGACCGCUCCAAUGAGCUGAAGUGGUCUGCAUGUCUAUAGUGUCCCUUUAAUAUAAUUAUACAUAGAUUCAAUUCUAGGUUUGGCUUAGAAUUUGCUUAAUGUGCAGUGCUAAUUUGAACAUCUCUGCAAAAUAAUUUUAUACCAUAAGUUUAGUUCCUAAUGCUCUGUUCUUAAUUAAAUUUUGAUACCAAGUAUAUUGUGAAGAAUCUUUAUUAAAAAAUCAGUUUUCGAGAACUAACAGCUGCUUGUCAAAAAUGAUAAUGUAGCAGUAGUGUACAAAAAAACAUCAUUAAACAAAGGAAAUCAUUUGCUUGAUAGAAUUGUGAUUGAUGAGAACAAGACCUCAGUGGAAGGAGACUGGAAAAAGGGGGAAUGAUAUCAAGUAUAAUGCAUAUGAUUACUUUUUGGCAUAAUAUCUAAAUUGUCCAAUAUUUUCCAUCAAUGACAGCUUAUAGCUGUUGUGUUUCAUGAACAGUUGUUGGAUAAGUGGGUCAUUCUAUUGAUUAACUCCUUAGACCUUGUAUUCUUACUAUCCUUUUUACGUACAUAUUAAUUUAUUUUUACGUCCAGAGCACUGUCAAAGACUCUUCUGCAGAAGAGAAACUGAGCCCAGUGGCAUUAGCCAAACAGGUAGCUGGUUUAAAGCGGCAAUUGGUGUCCACGCAUUUGGAGAAAUUGUUGGGUCCUGAUGCUACUAUCAACCUUACAGAUCCAGAUGGAGCACUUGCACAGUGAGUGAUCAUUGAUUUUGCCUACCAUUAGUAUAUUUUUCCUGUGAGAGGCUAAUUAGUUUGUUUAAACAUCAAACAUCGAAUAAAAGAGACAGUCUCUGCACUUUAACCAUUUCAUUCACUGAAUUGGGUAAAGUGCAUGCUGUCCCCUGGCAUUCUCCCUCUAUUCAGUGUUAAACCACAGCACAGCCCCCAAGGGAAUUAUGGCUAAAGCAGAGAUUACUCUUCCUUACCGAUACCUAUUCACAACAGUCGGCUGACUGAUAACGGUAAGUUGAAACAGCCAAUCAGUUAAUCACUGCUGCUUAGACUAAUGCUUCCUCAUUAGUCCAAACAGCACAGAGGGGGGUGGGCUACUUGAGACUAUCAUUAGCAUUAGGGGUGGGGGGGUGCCUUUGUUUUUGUUUUUGUCUAGUCUAUGACAUGGAGAUAAACUUCCAUGAUAAAAAAUUAUCUUAUUCUCCUUCAGUUUUUGAUCAAUAACAAUAAGUUUUCAGUUGUCGAUUUUCCUUGAGUCAAGUGAAAUAUCAUUGAAUGGGUCAGGAGUUUGAGUAGAAAAGGUUAGUUAAGCGCAAGUUUGGCUAACUUGUUUAUGGGUUCAAAUUUGAAUCAGAUUGAGUGUUAAUUUUAGUAUGGAAAAGCUUUCCCAGGUUCAAGGUUAUUAUACAAAAUGUGUCAUUUGACACCCACUGCAUUUAAUUUGUUUUCAAUGAGUUUCAUUAUUUUGAUAAUUUCAUGCAAGUGUAGGUAUAAAAUUAAAUAUUUUCGGGGGGGCGGAGCUAGCAGCCGAGCCUGCAAGACGCAUGAAACCCAAGCUCCGACAUUACAGCAGCAAACUAGCCACGGAUUCCGUAAAAUACACCUCCAAAAGCUGGGAAAAGGCUGCAAGAGACUUAGUACAAUAUGGGGAAACACUCACGAAAACCCCGAGGGUCGUCCGCGGGACAUACCCAGGACAUCGGGCAACUCCUGUCCCAGGCCUGCAGGCCCAAAAUGGCGGACGUCUUUCACACCAUGGGGAUGGAGUCACUCUCUGCCUCAGAGGAUGAAUACUUGAGUGAUAUGCCGACCCCGACACCCCAAAGGAAGCAACAAACAGCGCCACCAAGGCAGUCAGAACCGCCACUAGCCACCAAGGCUGACCUAACAGGCAUGGUGACUGACCUUAAGGCAUUCUUCACGGCUGAAUUGGCAGGCCUCAAGACGGAGCUGAGCACACUUACAGGCCGCAUGAGAGCCACGGAAGACGCAGUCCAGGACCUGAGAGUCCAACAAGAUGCCACGACAAAGAAAACGCUCGAGCUCACAACCUCAUGCUCCCAGCUAAACGCCCGAGUAGGGCAACUCGAAGAUAUGGCGCGACAGAGAAAUGUCAAGGUGAGGGGGAUACCAGACACUGUGACGGCAGAUGAACUGCCAUCCCUCAUAAAGAGACUGCUACAAACCGCCCUACCACCCAAACAGGCCAAAGGACUGACCCUAGAUAGCCUAUUCCGCAUACCAGGGCGCCCAAACAACGUCUCCGCAAGGGAUGUCAUAAUGAGCUUCAAAUCCCGCUCAGACAAAGACGGAUUCCUCCGUGCGGUCAGGAGCCAGACCCCGUACAUUUUCGAAGACAUUACCUUACACUUCUACCAGGACCUGAGCCGCCAGACGCUGCAGUGGCGGGCAACACUGAAAGAAACCACAACUCAAUUGAGGGCGGCGGACAUUCCAUAUAAAUGGGGCUACCCCAGCACGCUAAUUGCCACACAAGACGGACAAAACCACAAGCUGACAGCGCCAGAAGAAGCACCGCGAUUUUUACAAGCUCUAGGCAUUCGUCCAGUGGCAGGCGCCAAGAGGAGUACGACACACCGAUGGGAUGUCGCCAAUAUAACUCCGUUCACCCCAUCGGAGUCGACAGCCCCAGCGGGAAGCAGUGCUAUGCACCCAUCCGGCUCUUAAUAUGGGAAAAGUCUCCCGUCAAACGGAACUCAUGGAUGUACCGGCUAGUUCUAGUUCUAUUUUGGUUGGACUUACUAUGUUUAUGCUACACUGUCAUGUGCAAUGUCCUUCACCGGUUGCGUACAGCUUUUUGUUUUUUUGGCUAGGCAUUUCUGCGCCUACUGCCGCGCCAGGAGUAGGCCACACGGUCAGUAGACUGCUCGCACCUAACACACGAUCCGCACGACACCCAAUCCAUACAGGUCCUCCAACCUGACACAAUCCACAGGACACAGGGGUGACGCAUUAAUGCGGCAGCUACAGAUAGCACAUACUUACACGACGAAACCACCCCCCCCCCCUCCAGACUCCAGGGUUAAGGAGCCUUAAUAUAUAUACAGGACUUUUAAUGCCUCUGGCCGUAAAUCAGGGGACCCAGAACCAGGAACCCAGACCCAAGCUCACCUCAGCCUGACACUAACAUAUCCUGAGCCUGUAGAAUAGGGAGCUGAAUUUAGGAGCUGUGGCCUUUAAACGCAUACUUAUCCUGCUAUGGUCUAACGCUCUUAGACCCUGAGGCAAAUCCACUCACUUGUUCACUACCACACUGCUAACAAGUCACCACAGGGAGCUUUGCCCGUCUUUAUCAUCUGAGAACUGUGCAAUCACUUGUUUGCUAUCUUGUAAAUGUAUUACUUUCUUUUUAAAAACUGAGUGACACAUAUAUUGCCAUUGUUGAACCUGGCAAUCCUGCUUGGGGUACUCUCAGGCGAUUAUAAUAUUAUAUUGGCUACUCACAACAACAAACAGCAUAAUCCUGUUUUAUCAUACUUAACCUAUAACAAAUGUAUACUGUAUAUGUAACCUCAUGGCUUGAUUCUUGUUUAAAAACAAAACAAAAAUGUGCAGUACUAUCGUAUGCCACAAAAUGCCAUUCCUCUUGAAAUGCCUGUUUUUAUUGAGUGGUAUGAGAAGACUGUCUGUUUAACUUGUGCACACAAAAAUAAAGAAUUAAAAAAAAAAAAAAUUAAAUAUUUUCAGCACACUUCUAUCACAUAUUUCAAAUACAUUAUUUGGAAUCCUGGAUUAAACAUAAUCAAACUUCUCUUAAAUUGUUUAUAUCAAAGUUUAAUUUAAAUAUGCAAAAAAGUAUAUGAAUAUCAGCACAAAAAAAACAAAACCUAAUAGGUACAAAUAUACAAAAUAAUAGUUUUUUAUCCAGCAGAAGAAAAUGUGUUCCUCUACCAGAAAAGACCAAAAAUAACUAAAACAGUUACUUGAGUUAAGUGAACAGUGAUUGUAAGUGGAGUAUUUUCAAAACUGCUAAAUUAAUACACAUGGAAAACAAAUACAUUUACAAAAAAAGAAAGAAAAUACAAAAUAGUGUAAUAUUGCUAAAUACAAUAUGUGAGAAAUAGCGGUAUCAGGGGUUUGCACUCACAAGUAAAGAAAUUAAAAACACAAUAGUACAACCUUUUAUGUAAUGAAUAUGGUUAGACUAAGAAUCAGACUCACAUAAGCUAGACAAGGGGCUCAUUCGAAAAGCACCUAGAGGUUGUAGGUAGCUGGCACAACCUCAAAAAAGCCUCCUGGACACAAAAGGUAUUGCACAGGUACUAAGUCCCAAAAGUGUAUUCAAAUAAUAAAAGUAUAUACAGGUGGUCCUCAUUUAGCGACCUACCUGUUUUAGAGCAGCUCGCACUUCCGACCAGGCGUAAGUGCGAGCCGUCCUGGGGAUUCCCUGCUCUCGUGCGCAUGUCUAUGGUCGGAGGAAACUUCCCCGAACAUAGACGAACGCACCAGAGCAGGGAAUCGAUUACAUCCUCACUUACCGACCAAUUCGUUCUACGACCGGGUCAUAGGAACGGAACCUUAUCGGUAAGUGAGGAUUGUCUGUAGAAUAAAAAAAAAUUAACAUUAAGCCAGAACGCGUUUCACCUCUUCACAAUGAGGCUUCCUCAGUUGGCAAUGAUUUAUCACAAUAAAAUCAGCACAGGGGACAUUCAUUAAAGUCCAAUCCGCUUCCUACUUCAUUAUAGUAAUUAGUUACAGAAGUGAGAAGAUUGGUAGAUUCUCAGGAGCUGCCUUGGUUCCCUUCCUCGUCACAUGAUCAGGUCCACUGUCCCGAUUUUUGUGGCCGUUGCUUCAAUCUUUGCCUGCAUGUGUAACAUUGGAACACAAAUGUGAACACAAAUUCAAGCCUCUUAUCAUUCUCCUCAUAACAUAGGCCAGCGUGGAUCAUAAUUCGAUGUACUGAGUUUGUGUUUGGGCCAAAUGUCUCUCAUUAUCAAAUAUGUUAAAAUCAGAAAACAAAUAUUAUAAACUCAAUAAUAAAAUUUAUACUUGCUUGGAAUGAACGAACGAGUAGGAAUAUAUACACCAUGGUACCAAGGAAGUAUUAAAGUGACCGUGCACCCAUAGAGAAUAAAAGGCCUGUGUGUAUGUAUAUAUGUGUCAUAAGCAAGCAUAAAUUAUAAAAGUGUAAACUAGUCAAAGGGAGAUAAGUAGAUGACAUUACAUCCAUAAGCUAAAUGCGAUGGAUUAUAACAACUGGGUGGCAACCCUGAAAUGGGGUAGUGGGGGGGAAAAACUGAUAUUGUAUUUUUCACACAUUGUAGACUAUGUUGUUUUUCUUUUUCUAUGAGCAUCAGUUUUGCAGUUUAGAAGAUACUCCAUAUACAAGUACGGCCACAUAUCUUAAAUAUAUGUUUCAAAAUUAAAUUCAGUUUGGUUGUGUUUGAAUAAGUAUUGGUCUUCAAUUCCAAAGAUAUAUAGCUUUUUUUUACCCAAAAAUGCUGACAAGUGUUCCUUACAAUAAUUUGGUAGGUCGUAAAUAAAAAAUAAAUAAAUCUAUUUAUAAUUUACCCUACAUGAAAAAAAGUGUGUGAACAAAACAGAUCUGUUUUGUUCCUUUCUCAAAUAUGCCUGGACUACUGGAACUACCUUCAGUAAAGACACCUUCUUUAUACUGUUUCAUAGAAAUAAACAAUAUAAAAUAAAUGCAAACUAAAAAUGCAUUUCAAGCCCCUUUGAACUAAUUUUCUAUAACAAAAUCCAGUUUCUAAUGUGUCCUUUGGGUCUUUUUCUUUUAGACGUUUGCUCUCUCAGUUGGAUGUUGCCAAAACAAAAAAAGGUCCAGAAGGGAAAAGUCCAGGAAAAAUUUCUACUCAGGACACUGGGAACUUGGUGACCUAUGAGUUACAUUGCCGCCCCGAGCAAGCCAAGUUUUCUCAUUCUGCAAAGGUAAGUUAGGAAAUGGGAGAGCGUCUGGCAUCUCUAAAUGGGAUAAUAUUCAAAAAGCAGACAAAAAAUACGUCUAUCGUCUGUGAGCAUUGCAUGCUGGUGACAAAUGUAAUGAGCUUUGCCUUGCAGGCAGCAUGCCUGCAAGAGGAAGCUUCAGUGCACACCUAUUCUAUCUAUGUGGUCCCUUAUCGCUUAUCGCUCUACUUCCCUCACCAGUCCAGAGUGUGCGCGCGCACAUAUACUCUGAGCCGCUGAAACAGUCCAAUUAGAAGCAUUUAAUUGGAUCUUGGAUCAGGAACCAGUAAUGUGGAUAUAGGUGAGAAGAGCCUAAGCCUUAAAGACAUAAAUCAUAAAAAUAUUAAUUGUGUGGAGACUUCAAGAACUUUCUGACAUAUGGGAGAAUUGGAGGACAAGUCAUUCUAAUGACCAGGUCUCUCUGAUCUCCAAACCAAUCUCCUAUAACUAAUUAGGAUUCUCUAUGUUUGUGUGCUACAUUGAUGCAUGCUUUGGGACAAUAUCUUGCCAAAACAUUAGUUUUGUAGCAUGUAGGUUCUGUUGCAUGUUCUGUAGUUCUGUAUCCUGUAAAUUCAUUAGUAUUUUUCAUGUUAACCAGAGUUCCAACCAAUAUGACUAGUUUAUUUAGUGCUAGCAUAUAGGAAGAACAGAAUUUUGUAUUUACUUGUCCAACAAUUGUAUUACAGGUCGCUGAGAUAGAAAAGCGUCUGGGAGAGCUUGAAGCUGCUGUGCGCUGUGAUCAGGAAACACAGGUAUGUUAAAAUUGCAUCGAUUAAUAAAAUUGUUUGCAAUGUAAUUAAUUGUGUUUAAGAUAAAUUGUUUUCUUUGUUAUUCUAGAAUCCUCUUACAGUUGGGCUCCAAGGUUCUAGUUUGAUGGUAAGUCCUAGACAAAAGCUGUGCUAACAGCAUUGGCCUUGGUGGAAAUGUAUUAUUUUUUUUUUUUUUAAUGUAUAUACAGGAAAUUGUGAUGCCUAGUUUUAAAUGUACAGGAACCACAAGUUGGUUCUGAUAUAAAAAUGGAGAAUGUAAUGACACUUCAGCGCUGCAUAAUAUGUUGGCACUAUAUAAAUAAUAGUAAUUUAGAAUAAAACAAAAAUACUUAAAGGUUGUUUUUUUGCAGAAUAUAAGUUACACUUUUAAACAUCAAUCAAAAAGAUACAGUUCUAUAAUUUGUAGAUAUCACUUUAAAUAAAACCGGAAAAAAACAAAUAGUUUAUUUAUCAGCUAAUGAAAUUAAAGGAAAACACAAAUGUGUAUUCCUGACCCUAUUGUUUUAAAAACGCAAUUUAGGUGUCUGACCUUGUCCCCCUUAAAUAUUAAAUACUCAGUUUAUUGCAGUGCUGCCCCCUCUCCGCCUCUUUGGCAGAGAUUAUCAGAAUUGACAAUCUGAGCCAAUCCAAUGCUUUUCUACAGAAAAGCAUUGGGAGGCUAAUGCACAUGGGCCUCAAAACGCAGAGCUUGCCAAUCCGCAUCUCCUCAUAGAGAGGCAUUAAAUCAAUGCCUCUCUAUGGGGAACGUUCAGCGUCUCCAUGCAGACAGUGGAGACAUUGAGUAUCCGUGAACAUAGUCUGAAGUGAAUGCCACUGAAGGUGUCCCUACUCAGCAAUGUAAACACUGCCUUUUCAGAGAAAAAAAAAUUAAAUGUCUGUAGGGAUAUACUUUACACAACAGAACAACGAUAUUAAGCUGUAAUUUUUCUGGUGAAUACAGUGUCCCAUUAAGUAUCACUUGACUGGAUGGAAAUAUUUAUCUAGAGUCUAUCAGAUGUUCAGUGAUCAACAAUAAAAAUAAUUUCAGUGCACUUUACACACGUAUCCCCAAUAAAGAGUGAGAUAUGGUCACUUACAGAGGGUAUGUCACCUCCUUCCUAUUCAAAAUUAGUAAUUCAAAUAUUUCUAUGUAAAAUACAUUGACUGUUGGAAUUUCACUGAACUUCCAACGAUAUAGUACAACAAAGAAGGGACUUGUAUUUUUCCUUUGCAUGACAAAUGGCAGAGCUACCUUUAUGUCAAGCUUACAGCUGUCUCCAGUGAUGGCUGAGGGGAAGAGUAUCCCGUGGCCUCUCAGAUAAUCCAAACAUGUGCAAGAGUACAACACUGUCGGCAGAAAGAAGGGACAGGUUUGGGUAAGUAUUAUUCACCUUCUCCUGCAUCCACAGAGCAGUCACCGUUGGGGAUCUUUGCAAAUUAUGAAAAGAUCUCAGAGGUUGACAGUCACUUUAAUAAAUUAGAAACUUUAUUUACUGCUCUUUGUCAACCAAGGCUUAAACCAUUCAGACCUACUGCAAAACAUUAAAGUUUUUGUUUGUUUGGACAUUUCAGGGCACUGUUGAAAUUCUUCAGGCCAAAGUAAACAUGUUGGACGUAGCAUCUUUGGACCAAGUGGAGGCCAGGCUUCAGGUAAAUUUACAGCAUUUAUUUAAAUCAAUGACAUAGUUUGUGUUGUUUUUAUUUUUAAAACAUGCUUGAAAUAAAUGUUUUUUUUCCAUUUUGAGUAUAUUUCACUUAAAAUUGGUGGGCAUAUCACAACUGUUGGUUAUAGUGUAUGCUCAGAAAUUCCCCUUCCCACAAGACACACACCCACGCCCCUACACAUUCAGACAAUAUCACCGUAUGUGGUAUAAACUAGUGAACCAUUAUUUCCUACAAGCAUCACAAAGUAUUGUGACCUAGUCUUAUGGUAUAAAACCUUCUUGUUCUGUUUUUUGGUAGCUUUCUGCUGAGGUACAUGAUCAUAUUUACAAAAUAUUAUCCCUGUGUAAUUUCCUGCAUCAAACUUAAGAUUGCUUUUCUUUAGCCCCUAUAUAUGUCUUACCAGUGACUGCAGUAACAUUUAAUAGUCUGCAAAGUAAUAGGAUUUUGUAAUGUUAUCUGUUUCUAUUCAUUGGUCAUUAGUCUGAUCUGUACAUAAGCUUCACAUGUACUCUCAAGAAGGAAAAAUAUUCAUCCAGCAUUUCCUUCAGGUGCAUUUAUAGCCAAUGACUAGCAAAUCAAUAAAUCCAAUAAAAACCCUUUAUUACAUACUAAUUGUAUGAUGAUUGUAUAGUGUGAUUAUUUAAAUUAUGUUUUGUCUUACUCUUAGAGUGUUCUGGGGAAGAUGAAUGAGAUCGCAAAGCACAAGGCAGCGGUUGAAGAUGCAGAUACAGAAAGCAAGGUAUGAACACUUCAGAAAAAAACCCAACACACUUUCUGUGGAAAAUAUUGGCUAGUUUUCAUUGAAAUAACACCUUUCCUGAAGGAACUCGCCAAGCUCUAUAUAGUGAUUAUGGUGCCAGGAGUGCACUAACAACCCAUAUUUAGUAGUCAAAUCGUUUGAGUGUUUUGACUUCUCUCGGGUCUGUACACUGCUCCAAGCCUCCAUUAUGGACUAUGGACCGAUGGAAGCUCCUAAGCAGCGAGCAUCUGCAUUGCCCUGUUAUUGUCAGAGAGCGUCAGCUGAUCGCUAUCCGUCAAUGGAGCUAAGCCCUGCACUGCUUGGUUUAGCUUAGAGAAUUUGGCAACAGAGAAGACUGCAGUGGAGGAAAUAUCAGUGCCCAACUGAUGCCAGGUAAGAAGUUCAAGGACCACUAUAGUACCAGGAAAACAAACUCGUUUUCCUGGCACUAUAGGGUCUAUAGGCCUCCCCACCACCCUCAGGGUCCCAUUACCGCUGGGCUGAAGGUGUUACAACCCCUUCAGCCACUUACCUUUCUCCAGUGCCGGGCAACUCUCCUCUUUCUGCCGAUGUCAGAUCCGCAUGUGUGGCAAGAGCCGCAUGCGCAUUCAAACCACCCAUAGGAAAGCAUUACUCAAUGCUUUCCUAUGGACGUCAGCGUCUUCUCACUGUGAUUUUCACAGUGAGAAGUGCCUCUAGCGGUUGUCAGUGAGACAGCCUCUAGAGGCUGGAUUAGCCCUAGUGUAAACAUAGCAUUUUCUCUGAAACUGCUAUGUUUACAGCUGCAGGGUUAAACCGUUCUAAACUGACUUGACUACUUACAAUGGGGGGAGCCACGGCCUUCCUGGCAAGCUGUAGAGUUUAUAAUGCUUAAAGUGUUCCUUUAAGUAGUAAUAAGCACUGUAUAUUUUGCAAUACUGCUCCCUUUAUGAACAUAUUACAGUGACUUUUAUUUUUUUCCAGGUGCAUCAGCUCUAUGACGUUGUUCAGAAGUGGGAUUCCAUGUCCAGUACAUUACCACAAGUCGUUCAGAGAUUGGUAACAUUAAAACAGCUGCAUGAGCAAGGUAUUGAUCUAUAUCUGGAUGCAAAUUAUGUAUUUAGAGUUUAUAUAUUAUUUAUGUGUUCUCUUCUUGGGGUAGGAUGUAUAACCUGCAAUCUGUUCAGUUUGAUAGCAGAGAAUAUGGCAUGAGAAUAGGGUUUAGACACUGUUGAAUAAUCUAUGAAGUUGAACUGGUAUACAUUGAUGUGUUCCUCAUUGGAAGCACAAUAUUCCACUUUAGAAAAUAAGCCUGCUCUGUCUUAUAUUUGUGGUGUUUAGAAACACAGCUGCCAUUAUUUUUUUAACCACUGCAGCUUCUUUUUGGAAUCACUAUUGUCCUGUGGAAGCUCAGGGAUGUUCAGAUUUGUCCAAAGGUUUAUAAACACUCUCUUUUAUUUUUAAGUGGGCACUAAGCUGGCUAGAUGUAGCAGUUACUACUUACCAGCUAUUAUAUUCCCAUAUUGGGACUAUUUCAUCUACCUGGCAGUGAGACUUACCAAGAGUCUGUUCUAUGCAGAAAGUUGUUUUGCUAAAGAAUAAUUGUCAAUACUUACAUGAUCCAUUGAAAACCUAGCAAAUUCAACCCAAAUGGACUUGAAAAUGCUAUAUCAUCAUCUUUUUUUUUUUUUUGUUGUUGACAUGAAAUUGGUCUGCUGGGCUUAACAUUGUGGAUUUAUCAUUUUAACGUUUUCUGACUGUGAUGUACCAGCAGAAGAAAGGCUUUUUGAAAUUCAGUGUGUGAUCGUUUUGAUUACGGUCUCUCAACAAUAGUUGAAAGUUAGAAAAGUGUUUAUCCGUUAACGACACAUCGCGUAAUGUAGACCAAAGUUGAUGAACGGGUAGAAGAUAUCAAAGCAGCUCUGGGGUGAAAAGACAACAUAGUAAUUGAAGAAGCUGUAUUCCCCAUUGCAGAAGUAGAGAGAAUGUGGUGCAUUAGGGCAGGAGAGGAAUUCACUGUCUGUGUUAAGUUAAUCUAAAUUUAGUCCGAACUGAAAAGAUACCUGACUUGAUAAGUCUGCUUUAAAACUUGAAAUGCAUUUACAUUUCCAACCUUUCACACUUCAUAACACUGUGUACCUCUGUGAGCAAUAAUACUAAGAGUCAUCCUCUUGGGUUAUGAACUUGACAGGUGUGUGGCAAGAACCUUGCCAAUCACACUGGAAUGGUGGAAAUAAAGGUUUCUUUGAAUUGUUUAAGGCUGUAACGAUAAAGAGAAUGAAACAUCUCAUUCGGACAGUCUGAGGUGUAUAUAAAAUAGCAAAUAAACAUAAUUGGGGAAAGUGAACCAUUUGCCUUUUUAUUUUUUUUUUAUUUUUUUCAGCCAUGCAGUUUGGGCAACUUCUCACCCAUCUGGACACUACGCAGCAGAUUAUAGCAAAUUCUCUUAAGGAUAAUGCUGGUGCCCUGGCCAUGGUAUGUCUUUUUGUUUUGCUUAAUUUGUCUACAAUACUUAAUACAUAUAUUCAACUGCAGUAUUCUCACUCUACCUGCUCCAUAUGUUUUUUUUUUUGUGGUUUUUUUUCUGUCUUCUACAUCGUUUUACAUUUACUGUGUUCUAUCUACAGGUCCAGAAGGCCAUGAAAGAGAAUUUAGCGACAGUAGAGGACAAUUUUUCAAGUAUUGACUCAAGAAUAAAGAAACUGAGCAAAUGAGCUGUAAUUUAUCCGUACAGGCCUCAUCCCCCAAAAUACUAGGGAAAACAGGAGUUCCUGCAAACUCUGCACUAAUAAAUACCUCCCUGUCCCCCAUGCCUAUAAAGAAGAAGGUUUACCAUUGUACAUAUAUUGUCUUGUUGGCAUAUAUGCCUACCCAUUCCUGUGCUAAGUCCCCUGAAUAUGCUUAUAACGCAUCUCCUAUGCCCGCCCAUGCACGGAGUGUUGCUGCAUUCAUGGUAACAGGUGCUGUUAACUGGUUAAGUGCUAGGUACUAAUAGUAUUUCUCCAGGUGCUGCGUUUUGCAUGUUGGCACCUGCUUUGAGGGAAGAGGGGGAGAUUCUAGGUAUCUGAAGCGAUUUUUCAUAGGCCUUUUAUUUAUAAAUUGAUGUUGUCCUUGUUAACCCAAUUCGUUCCAGUAUGUAAGCAGUGCAUAUAGAAACAAUCUCUUGAAAACUCCUGACAUAACGUUAAACUGCAUUGCAGGUUUAAGGAUAAAGAACAUGUUCUACACUAAAUACUGUCUGAAAAUAAACAUGAGUAACUUAUAAUGAUGAAUAUAUUAAAACUUUAUAGCCUCUUACUGCUUCUUCUUACAUUAAAUGGAUCUUUCCAAAAUGA